UGGACCGGCAGGGGCGCUAGUUAUUCCUCUCCGGCUCAUUGUUUGUGGCUCACAGCUCUGCACCGCCGUGCAGAGAGACAGCGACGGGUCAGAGGAAAAUGGCGGACGGUGUGGAUCACAUCGACAUCUACGCCGACGUAGAAGAGGAAUUUAGCCAGGAAGCUGACUACCCGGUUCACGAGCAGAUCGACCUGUAUGAUGAUGUAAUAUCCCCAUCAGCCAACAAUGGCGACGCUCCCGAAGACCGUGACUACCUGGACGCACUGCCUGCACCAGGUGGCACAGAGGGAGGGAAGAGUUCCCAACCCAACGUGGUGUACACCUACACGGGCAAAAGGAUAGCCCUGUACAUAGGAAAUCUCACAUGGUGGACGACAGAUGAGGACCUGACAGAAGCCAUUCGGUCGAUAGGAAUCACAGAUGUGCUUGAGAUCAAGUUCUUUGAAAACAGAGCCAAUGGCCAGUCAAAAGGGUUUGCGCUGGUGUGUGUGGGCUCGGAGGCAUCGUCCAGGAAGUUAAUGGAGCUGCUGUCAAAGAGGGAUCUACAUGGUCAAAAUCCCAUUGUCACACCAUGCAACAAACAGUCCCUCAGCCAAUUUGAGAUGCAGUCACGCAAAAGUACCCAGUCAGGCCAGAUGUCUGGGGAAGGCAAAGCUGGCCCCCCUGGUGCUGGUCCUCGUGGAGGUUUCCCCAUGGGUCGAGGCAGAGGCAGGUUCCCUGGACCACCCGGCCCCGGAGGAGACCGCUUCCCCGGUCCUGUUGGGCCUGGAGGGCCGCCACCACACUUCCCUGGCUCGGGGAUGAGACCAGAUCUGAUUAGGCACCAAGAUGGCCCUCUGAUGGAUAUGAGUUUCAAUCCCUUCCCGCCGGGGGGCAGGAACGGGAGCUGGCGUGGCAGAGGUGGGAUGCAGGGACCCCCACGUCCCCCUCCUGGCCCACCUGGCCCCCCUGGCCCCCCAGGACCUCCACCUCCUGGCCAGGGCCUCCCCCCUCCCCUUGCUGGUCCUCCAAAUCGUGGUGACAGGCCUCCUCCCCCUGUUCUCUUCCCUGGUCAGUUUGGCCAGCCUCCAAUGGGACCCUUGCCCCCAGGACCUCCUCCUCCAGGUUACGGCCCUCCCCCUGGUCCCCCACCCCCUCAACAGGGCCCGCCACCUCCGGGACCCUUCCCCCCUCGUCCCCCGGGCCCCAUUGGGCCGCCCAUGGCUUUGGCACCACCUCCACACAUGCCAGGUCCCCCACCAGGUGGACCACCCCCAGCACCCCAUGUCAACCCGGCCUUCUUCCCCCCACCUGGUAACAACAACAUGCCCCCCAACGACAGCCGAGGACCCCCUGGACCAAACGACCCAUACGGACGCCCACCACCAUAUGAGAGAGGGGACUAUGGCCCUGGAGGACGGGAGAUGGAGGCGUCACGGACCCCUCUGAGCGAAGCAGAGUUUGAGGAGAUCAUGAACAGGAACAGAGCCAUCUCGUCCAGCGCCAUAUCUAGAGCGGUGUCUGACGCCAGUGCAGCUGACUACGGCAGUGCUAUAGAGACCUUGGUGACAGCUAUCAGUCUGAUUAAGCAGUCCAAGGUGUCAGCAGAUGACCGCUGUAAGGUCCUCAUCAGUUCCCUGCAGGAUUGUCUCCACGGCAUUGAGUCAAAAAGCUACGGUUCCGCCUCCAGUCCAAUGAUGCGUCACGUCUCUGCCAGGCGAGAGCGUUCCAGGGAACGAGACCACAGCCGCUCCAGAGAAAAGAGCAGACGGCACAAGUCCCGCAGUCGUGACCGACAUGAGGACUAUUACCGAGAACGCAGCCGGGAGCGGGACCGCCAUCGUGAGAGGGACAGGGACCGCGACCGCGAGAGAGAAAGGGAGAGGGAGUACCGACACCGCUAGCAACGGGAGGUAGGUGGAAGCUAACGAGGAUCAAGGAUGAAUGGAAGGAAAAGGAGGAAUUUCAGUGCGCCACCACCUCCCCGCCCUGCAUGACCGGACAGGACUACAACCACCACCUCUUCCUCCACCCCACCUCUCAGUCUCCACCCAUGCUUCUCUCUGUCUGUUCAUCUUGUCUGCCUGACUAAGAGCAGUGGAUGGAAGACCCUGACCUGUGUAAGGUUAUGUUAUCCAAACACCUUCUAUACUCAUGGUAACUAAAGAUGAAAGAAAAGAAACUUUCCAAACAGCUCUUUUAUUUUUAUGAUGUUUUAUUUGACAUGAAGAUGACUAUGUGCGAUGCUUUUUUGCAAAGAAACAAUAAAAUGGCCCACCAAUCCCCCAACUAGAGGACACAAACAUUACAUCCUUUUUUUUUUUUUUUGUCUCGCAGUACUGUGUACGUUCAGUUUAGAGAUCAGUUUUUAUAGGCUACAUAUUUGAUGUUUUCUCCCUACCCCUCCCUCAUUCUCAAUUAUUCUUUUCAUGGUUAAUAUGUUUGUAAAUGUCUCUGCUUUUGAUUAAAAACUAGAUGGUGUUGUAAUAAAAAAUGUUUACUGAGGUACUCAAUGCAUUUGGUGAAUUCCUCUACAUGUUUGGCUCAUUUAUAUUAAAUGUAUAUUUUGGACUUCAAACUGUUUUUUCAUAUUGAAUUUGUCUACAUUUAGAUUAUAUUUUUUAGCUGUACUAGCAAGUGGCUUUAUGUUUUAGAAAAUAGAUCCUUGUCGUUUAUUCCCUUUUUGUUUUUUAUUUUUCUUCAAAUGGAUAAAACUUUUUACAAGGUAAGCCAUUAGAUGAAUGUACUUUUUUACGAUGUGCAUUGAUUGGUGGAUGGAAAAAUAUGUAGACUUUGAACAAGUUGAAGGUCUAGCUGUAGUGCUUUGCAAAAUUUUGGGGAGCUCUGGACCCAUACACCGUAAACCAUAAUGCUAUUCACAAAGUGUUUUCUGUUUGUGUGUAAUAGCAUUGAGUAGCCAAUCCAAAUUUUCUUUGAAGUCUUUGUUUUGUUGUUGUGAAAGGUAUUAAUUCUUACACUUAGAAAUUCAGGUUCAUUCAAGCAGCCAUUGUAGUUACAACUAACAUGGAGCUGGUCAACCUUCAAAGAUCGAUUAAUCCCAUUGUCGAAAGUUUGCCAUUUCAAGUAAGUGAUUUUUUUUUUUUUUUUUUUGCUCCUAUGUUCCACAACUAACAUUUUUAUGUAUGUUUAUUUUUAACACCACCCUGUGACACCAUAGCUAAAAUUCAUAUGUAAUUUAAUGUUUGUUAAAUGUGGAAUGUGCACCUUAACACUAAUGUUAUCGUGUGCAGUGGAACACAUCUUUUCUCUUUUAUUCCACCACCCAUCAUGUUCAUAUCUUGGUUUUUUGUUGAAAUAGUGUCAACAGUUUGUGAUACUGAGCUUUUAGUUUGUAAUAAUUUCAGAUGGUCAAUUUGGCUAAUAAGCACUGAGUAACGUGUGUGUUUUUACUGUCCCCAAUCAAAAUUUCAAAAUAUAUUGGGCCUUAGGUGUCCUAAUAUUUGACCUUGAUUGAUUGGGGCAUACCAGUUCUUAAAUUUCACUGAAUAAAAAUGGGUAAACCGAG